UCCGAUGGCAGCCUUUAUGAGGCAGCGCCUCCUGUAGAUCCCUUCUAAGGUCAGUACCUGUGAUGGACCAGGCAGUGUUCACCAUUUUUUGUAACCACCUUUGUUCUUGGGCUUUUGUGUAUUGAGCUUCUUAACCAGUCCGUGAUGCAACCAGUCAAUGUGCUCUCUGUCUUGCACCUAUAGAUGUUCAAGAGAGUAUUCAACCAGUUAUUUAAGUUUUAUUAUCUGAAUAGGAAUGAAAAUUGGCAAGAAUUUAAAGAGCAAUGAAAGCUGUCCAAAAUCAAUCGAUAUGGCGGCAUAUCAAUAUCAAUUAAUUUUGCACAGCCCUCAUUGUUAAAUCAAGAUUGUAUUAUUCAUUGGUUAAUUUAAAAUGCAUUGUAUAUUUUUGACGUUUUAAUCAUAGAGAAUCUGGCAUGUGAUUCAAAAUGUAUGACAUGCUGUUAUAAUUGUUAUAAAUAUGGAUGGAAAAACUGAAAGUGCUGAUUAAUUGCCCAGAUUCCUGGUGGAAGCCGAGAGUAACUGUUGAAAAGUGUUUCAGUCACUUGACGAUGCAGCACUGAGCCAUCUGAGUUUGAGGAUAACAUUUGUAGCCAUGGCGAAGGAAGGAGUUACUCCGGCUAUCAACCCCCAGCACAGAUAUAUGGGACAACGGCGAAUUCCUGUGAGGAGGCAAUGUGUGACCGAUUCACAUUCCUCAACCCUUCGACGGUCAGGUCGUUUGCAGCAGCAAAAUCACACGGAAGAUUCAGAUGGCAAAGAAAACCAGGCUGAUGGGGCUUGUACCAAGGUUCCUUCCAAGGUUGAGGCAACCAUUGCGAGUGGUGGCGCUGUGUCUGAUUCUCCGUUAUCACUCGAUGAUUCACUUGUCCAGGCAGCAGUUGACCUUGAGAAGAACUGGAAUCCUGCAAAUCCAAAAGAAGAUGCUUUAAACGCAGUACAUUUGAACAAUUGUAAGGCAGCUUGCAAUUCUAAUCGACCCAUGACCGAUGAGGUGAACCAACACGAGCUUUUAAAUGAGGACAAGAGCCUAAAAUUCAGUUCUGCAGCACGGGCAUGUGGCAGUAACAGUGAGGGUCAGAAGUUAUUGACAAACCGAGUAUCUACAGCACAGACUAAAGCUUUGUUUGAAAUAAAGCAGAGUGGCCAUGAUUUGAUGAAUAACCCUCCGUGUUGUAGUCGGAAAGGAACGGUCAGUUGUUCUGCAGAAGACCACAUGUCUGUGCGCAGGGACACGAGGGCUGAGGGAAGAACAUUACCGCUGGCCAACGGCCACAAGAGGGAAAGGCCCUCGUCUGUUGACAUGCUCGAUCCCGAUACAUCCGCCUACCCGACUGCAAAGAAGAUCAUGACGGAACCUGGGUGCUUGCCAGCCCAGCGGAGGUCUCCAAAAGCAAGACCUGGGGCGAAAAGGCAGGUUGGAAAUUUGUCCAAGAUGGAUAAGAGUUUACAAACUUCCAGUAGACCCAUCAUGGUUAGUCCGAACCACCAGAAAUUGUCGCAAGAGAAGCAGCUUUCUCGUACAAGCUGUUCCCUGUCAGUGCUGUCACCUCCCCCCGGCCUCAGUCAAAGUUUGUUAGAUGGCAGCAAACUCAGUCAGUCCUUGACAGCAACAGGCGGGUGUGAGGAGGUGGUUGCCCUGGCAGAAGCCGGGGACAUGCUGCUGCUAUCCAAUUGGGGGAUCCCCAGAGUGGUCCUGGAGAAGUAUCACAGCCUGGGGGUGGUGAGCAUUUUUGAAUGGCAAGCCGAAUGCCUCACACAGCACCGUGUAUUGGAGGGAAGAAACUUGGUUUAUUCAGCCCCAACCAGUGCUGGGAAGACACUCGUUGCUGAAUUGCUAAUUUUAAAGAGAGUUCUGGAAAGGAGAAAGAAGGCACUGUUCAUUUUGCCAUUUGUUUCUGUGGCAAAGGAGAAAAUGUAUUACCUGAAGAACUUAUUCCAAGAGGCGAUGAUGAGAGUGGAGGGAUAUAUGGGAAGCACAUCCCCAGCUGGGGGUUUUUCAUCGCUCGAUGUCGCUGUGUGUACUAUCGAGAAGGCCAACGGGCUCGUCAAUCGAGUUAUUGAAGAGGACAAAGUAGACCAACUCGGAAUAAUAGUUGUGGAUGAGUUACAUAUGUUGGGGGACUCGCACAGAGGGUACCUGUUGGAGCUGCUUUUAACCAAGAUAUUAUAUGUCACUAGAAAGAGAGAAAAAAGCCGUAAGAUUUCAACAGAAGAACAGAGGCUCAGUGACGGGAUACAGAUUGUGGGAAUGAGUGCGACUCUUCCAAACCUGGGGACUGUGGCAACCUGGCUGAAUGCAGAACUUUAUUGUACAGACUUCAGGCCUGUCCCUCUGAUGGAACACGUAAAGAUCGGGAACAACAUUUACGAUUCAACAAUGACGGUGACACGACAGUUUCAACCUGUUCUCCAGGUGAAGGGUGAUGAGGAUAACAUAGUCAGUCUUUGCUAUGAGACUGUACACGAAGGCCACUCUGUCCUUCUCUUCUGUCCUUCGAAGAACUGGUGUGAGAAGCUGUCGGAGACGGUAGCCAGGGAGUUCUACCAGCUGCACCGCAGUGCUGCCGUUGGCAACGGAGGAUUGACUUUUGAUGAGCGGGAUAUUGUCGAGGGGGCAUUCCGUCAGGGUUUAAUUCGGGUUCUCGUGGCAACAUCCACCCUCUCCUCUGGUGUGAAUUUACCAGCUCGCCGGGUCAUUGUCAGAUCACCUGUAUUCAAUGGGCGACUUCUUGACGUUAUCACAUACAAGCAGAUGUCAGGGAGAGCUGGGAGGAAAGGAGUGGACACCAUGGGUGAGAGUAUAUUGGUGUGUAAAAGUUCGGAAAGAGCAAAAGGAGUGAGCCUGUUGCAAGGCUGUGUGAAGCCGGUAUGCAGCUGCCUUGUGAAGAAGGAGGGAGAGGGUGUCACCACCAGCAUGCUGCGAGCUAUCCUAGAGAUCAUAGUGAGUGGCGUUGCCAGCACGCCGGAGGAUGUGCAGGUCUACACUUCAUGCACACUGCUGGCUGCCAGUGCACACGGCAGAGAAGGAGCAUCGAUCCAGGGCAAUGCCAUCGAGGAUUCCAUCGAGUACCUCAUGGAGAAUGAGCUCAUCCACAUCCAGGAGGGGGAGCGGGAAGGAGAUAAAAUUCAACUCUAUCAUCCCACACAGUUAGGAGCGGCCACUCUCGCCUCUUCCCUCUCCCCACCAGAUGCACUGAGAAUUUUUGCGGACUUGCAAAAAGCAAUGAAGGGAUUUGUGUUGGAGAACGACCUUCACAUUCUCUAUCAGAUCACACCAGUCUAUGAGGAAUGGGUAACCAUCGACUGGUACCAGUUCUUUUGCUUGUGGGAGAAGUUGUCAGCCUCCAUGAAGAGAGUGGCAGAGUUGGUUGGCAUCGAGGAAGGUUUCUUGGCUCGCUCCAUUAAAGGGAAGCUCAUUGCCAAGACUGGCAAACAGCACAGGCAGAUGGCCAUCCACAAAAGGUUUUUUACCAGUCUGGUGCUUCUAGACCUAAUCAAUGAAGUUCCUCUUGCAAACGUUGCUAACAAAUUCCACUGCAGUCGAGGACAGCUUCAAUCUUUGCAGCAAUCUGCAGCAACCUAUGCAGGCAUGGUGACGGUGUUCAGUAACCGGCUGGGAUGGCACAACAUGGAGUUGCUCCUCUCACAGUUCCAGAGCCGCCUCAGUUUUGGUGUCCAGCGGCAGCUGUGUGAGCUGGUGCGGGUUUCCUUGCUGAACGCCCAGCGCGCCCGAGCGCUAUACAACGCUGGAUACUGCACCAUCUCCGAGCUGGCGCAAGGGAGCCCCACCAACGUAGAAACAGCGCUGAGAAACGCAGUCCCCUUUAAAAGCUCUCGGACAGCAGUCGACGAGAGUGAGUAUGAAGCUCAGGAGCGCAGGAGGACACGAUGUAUCUGGGUGAGCGGACGGAAGGCGCUGACUGAGAGAGAAGCUGCCGUGUUGAUUAUACACGAGGCCAGGAGUCUUCUUCAGCGAGAUUUGGCGUCAAUGGGCAUUGAAUGGAACCAUGAGCAGCCUGUGACUGGUGCCCAGCGGGAGGCUGCUGAGAGCAGUGACGAAACUGGAGCUCGUGCCUCUGGAGUGGCGUCAGUGGAGGGGAGACUCGGGCUGACUGAAGGCGCAGUUGUGGAACCUGUGGAACGUGUUGCUGUCCAGACUGCGAUAACAUGUGUGAGGGAGGCAGAGAGAGGGGGGUUCAUUUCCAACGGGGGAGCUACUGAAAGGCAGCCAUCGGGUAACAUUCCCAAAGAAAAUAUUAGUAUCAGAGUCGACGGGAACUGUAAGGGGACCAGUACGGAUCAGCCAAGCGUCAUACAGCAUGUUCUGAGCGACAUUCCAGUUGAGAGGAAUAUGGUCGGAAGGGAUUGUGUUCUGAACAAAACACGUGAUGUGCAGCUUGAAGAGAAGGUUGGGGCAGAAAAUACCGUUCAAACUCUGCACCCUGUGCACGUAGAGAAUGACUCUGGUCAUCCAAAGAAUGAAGAUCGUGUUGUUAGUGAGUGUAAUACCAACGGUUUGAACGUUGCUGGCUGCAAGUCACCCGAGCUGAGUUCUUCAGCCGGGGAAUUUGAGGAGAGCUUUCAGCUGGAUUCACAAAUUGAGAAGAUCAUAGAACAAGGUGCCAUGGAGUUGGCUCCUUGCAAAUACCAACAGCAUGCUGGGAGCACCGUGCAGGUCCAGUCUGGGACACAAAAUGGGGAGCUGUGGGGUAAUACUGAAGCAAAGCCCGACCUGGCAGGUAGUGACACUGCAAAUGAGAAGGAGGUAGUGGAAAACGAGCCUGUUGUGAGGCAAGCUCUGCAUUUAACACACUCCAGCUCCGUUGUCGUUCCUGACUUGGUGAAACCCACGGUGGUCUCUGUCAACAGCGUUCCUGUUACAUCCCCCCAAAUCAUCCAGCAUUCACUGAGAGCCGAUGAGCUGUCCUUGACUGACACUCAACUGGAGAACUUCCUGCUGGAGUACAAGACGCCAGCCUCUUGGGAAGAAAGCAAGCCGGCAGCACAAACGCUGAAUGGUGCCGUGAGCGACAUGGGUUGCAGUGAGCUCCAGCGCAGUGUUCACGAACCGCGACGCCAUUCCCUCACUGACAAUGAGAGGACCCUGAACGUGAGCGACAGUCUGUUCGAUAGUUUCACCGAGCUGUGCUCAAACGAUGAGGUGAAUGCACAGGGAUUUUCCCCUGGUCAGCCGCGGGUGUCUGGAGCAUACAGGCUCACACAGACCCCCACUUCACUCCGUCUCUUUGCAGAGGUUGGCAUUCAAGAGCAAAAUGAUGUACAGAGGAUCAGGGGAACUCCUGAAGCAAGUUUGCACUGGAAUGACUUGUCCUUCAACCCCUCCGAUUUUGCAGACACCAGUCAAAACGACAACUGUCUGAUCGGUAGCUUGAAGGAGUCGCAUGCGGAGAAUAGGGACGGGAGUACCUCAGAUAUUGCUGAUGAUGUGAGGCUGCAGGAAGAGAAAAUGGUGAAUGAUCGCCUAAAGGACAAGCCAGAGCAAGGUGUGUUAACAGAAGAUUUAUCCCAAUCACUGGGCGACGAUGCGGUGAUGAAUGACAACACAGCAAUGUGGUCAGACACUUCGCUGGAGCUCAAUUCAGCCAUGAAGGAUCUGCUGAACCAGCUGCCAACCUCUGCAGGUUUGAAACGAUCAAGUUUAAAUGACCAAAGCACCAGAGCAGAAACAACCCUGGUGGACCUUCCUGGUUUUUUGAGGAAGUCUACUGAAACUGCCGGCUCUCGGACUCCUGGCGCUCCAAACCAACAAGGUGCAGCGGACUGGCACCAAACGGAGAACUCUCCUCAUCAGGUGCCACUCAUCCAGUCACCGGCUUUGGAAUUGGAGGAGCAGCCUGACUCCAGGGCGGAGAGUCGGAAUGAAGUCCCCCCCACACCUCCCACUGAGCCCGUGACUCCCAAAAUCAAAAUAGCAUUGACUGGUGCAACAAGUGAGAAAUCUGAGGCAAAGUGUAAAAGGCAGCUGCGGGCCAGAAUGAGCCCUGCUCCUCCAAACCGUGUAGCAGGAGUGGGGGUCCCUCCGUCUGGUCACCUUGACUGUGCUCCAGUGGUGACCUGUGAUGCCGGUGCCGACGGCUCUUUCAUAGACGAGGAGUUUGAGCUUCACCUCUCGCAGGACCACCUGGCCUCAUCCCCCGGGCCCUGCAGUGCUGAGGCCUUCACUAUCAUUGACGUGGCUAGCAGCCACGUCCUCUUCCACACCUUCCUGAAGGAGUGGAGCGGCAAGGGCAGGUUUGCACUGGCUGCUGCCUGCGAGAAGAAGCAGCACCUUCUGUCACCCAGCUCCGAGAUAGGAGGGAGAUUUAAACAAGCCCAGACCGUGAGGAUCCAGCCGGAAACCAAUGGCUUUGAUGUGAGCAGUCACGAGGACCUUGUGGUGAUUGGAUUGUGUGUGUCUUGGGGUGGGAAGGACGCCUAUUACAUCUCCUUGCAGGAGGGGCAGCAAAGUAUGGGAGAUUUGAGCAGCAGCCUGCGGCCCCCACCCCUGGACCCUGAGCUCCCUGUGAAGGAGCGGCUUCAUCAUAUGCGUGCCUGCCUACAGCAGUGUUCCUCUGCCCAGGCACAACCCUCUGUUAUUGUCUAUGACUUCAAGCAACACUACAAAGUUCUCCUCCAGGCCUGCAACAUCUCCAUGGAAGGCCAUUAUGAAGAUCCAAAGGUGGCAUGUUGGCUGCUGGACCCUGGCUCCAAAGAGAGAACCCUUCAUAACAUGGUGACCAACUUUCUCCCGCACCAACUUGCACUGUUGGACGGGGUGAGAACAAGCCGUGGUGUUCGUAGUCUUGGGCUGGACGCACAGGCCGAUGUGUCAGGUCGACACCGAGCCUCCGUCGAGUCCGUGCUGGUCUUCAACGUCAUGGAACAACUUAAUCUUCUACUCCAGAAAGAGAAUCUGCAAGACGUGUUUCGUGAUGUUGAGAUGAAGACGCAGUACUGCCUGGCCCUGCUGGAGAUGAAUGGGAUUGGGUUCAGUGCAGCAGAAUGCGAGAGGCAGAAGCAUAUCAUGCAGGCUAAGCUCACCGACAUCGAGGCACUGGCUUAUCAGCUGGCGGGUCACAGCUUCUCUCUCACCAGCUCCGACGACAUUGCCAAGGUUGUGUUUGUGGAGCUCAAGCUUCCUCACAAUGGAGAUGCCGGCACCAGAGGUAAACGGACACUGGGCUCCAGCCGGAGGGCCACAGCAGUGGGAGGAUGGAGCAAGUUGGCCAAACAAUUCAGCACAAACAAGGAGGUACUGGAGAAACUGAAGCCUCUCCACCCUUUGCCAGGAUUAAUCCUGGAGUGGAGGAGAAUCAGCAAUGCGAUGAGCAAGGUAGUGCUCCCUCUGCAGAGAGAGAAACAUCUUCACUCCCUGCUGGGGAUGGACAGGAUCUACCCCAUCUCACAGACCCACAGUGCCACAGGACGAAUCAGUUUCACCGAGCCAAACCUGCAGAACAUCCCAAAGGAUUUUGAAAUUGAAAUGCCAUCAAUGAUGAGAGAGAGUCCACCCCUCCAUGGAGCAAGCAACCCCAUACUCACACGAUCCAGGAGAAGGCAAGGUCACACCACAAUAGCAUUACCUGGAAAGGCCAUGGUGGGUGGUGGAAGGCCUGACAAGGGCCUCCCGUUUGCUAUCAGUAUAAGGCAUGCAUUUAUCCCCUUCUCAGGUGGCCUGAUCGUGGCAGCAGAUUACUCCCAGUUGGAGCUACGAAUCCUGGCUCAUCUCUCCAAGGACAAAGGCCUUAUUGAGAUCCUGAACAGCGGGGAAGAUGUGUUUAAGAACAUCGCUGCGGAGUGGAGAAUGGUGGAGCCAGCUUCAGUCAGCGACAGACUGCGACAACAGGCCAAGCAGAUCUGUUAUGGGAUCAUUUAUGGGAUUGGAGCUAAAUCUCUUGGUGAGCAAAUGGACCUGGAUGAGAAUGAAGCAAGUCGUUACCUUGAAGCAUUCAAAUCUCGCUACAAAGGAAUUCAGACAUUUCUGCGGGCAACAGUAAAAAACUGUGAGAAUAAUGGAUUUGUCCAAACAAUCCUUGGCAGGAAACGAUACCUUCCAGCAAUCAAAGAUCAGAAUCCUCAUGCCAAAGCUCACGCUCAGCGACAAGCAGUCAACACCACUGUGCAAGGAUCAGCGGCCGAUCUGGUAAAAGUAGCCACUGUCAAUAUCCAGAGGCGACUGGAGGAAGGCUUCCCCUCUGCUGCCAAGUCGCACGGUCACUGGAUACGCAAGCUUCAGGGAGACAGGAGACUGGGUAUGGCUGAAAGGAAGAAACAACGAGAGAUGCAGCAACCAGAGAGUGGGGGCUUCUUCAUCUUGCAGAUGCAUGACGAGCUGCUGUAUGAAGUGGCAGAGAACGAUGUGAUACAGGUUGCGCAGAUAAUGAAAAAUGAAAUGGAAAAAGCCAUGAAACUGCUGGUAAAGCUUUCUGUCAAAGUAAAGUUUGGUGCCAGUUGGGGAAAUCUUCAGGACUUAGUCUUGUCAUGACAAAUUUGCCAGAUUAAAAAAUGUAAAUUCACUUGAUUCUGUACUAGCCAGCAUAGUUAAACAUUGUGGGCCAAGAUAUUUUCAAGAAAAUGGAAGCAUGAAUUGUUCGUUAACUUGGAAUAUUUGUUUUAAUGAAAUCAGAUCAGCUUAAUUUUCAGCUCUCAAUGAAUUGUUGACAUUAGUUCAUGAUGAUUAUGUAUCGGUCAAGAAAGGCAUUAUUUAUAUACUGAAAGUUAGACGGAAAGUCAGUCUGCAAAGAACCAUUAUUUAUUUAUUACUAAAAUAAAUUGGUAUGUUGUCUUCUGGAACUAAUGUAAUUUUUACAGCUAGACUAAAGGAACUAUUUGAUAUGGAGUUCUCUAUGUUAAGCAUCUUCUGUAUCCACCAACUGCAGGGCUUAACUAUAUGGAGAAUAAGAUUCCUUGUUAAAUAGAAAGUAAAAUUACUUCCCAUUAGUUCAAUUAUUAUGAACGGACUUGUUACUAAUUUUGAGGCCUAUGUUUUUGAAGUGACUAUACUUUUGCACAAUUUAUAUCGAGGGGGAAUGGGAUAACUGUUCAAUUACAAAAGUACUAGGUCAGAUUAUUUUCCUAUAGCGACUCGGAAGAACAGUACUCUGCUUGAGAGGUGAAAAUAUUCUAGUGGAUUGUAUUGUAUGGCUGGCCAUUAAAUGGUAGCAAGAUUCUGAGCUUAUGGAUAAUGUAAUGUAUAACAAAUAUCAAACGGUAUUUAUGACUGCUCUGAAUUGGAUCGGUUUAUAAAUGAUGAAUUAACCAAUAGAUACUUUAUCCUUUAACAAUUAUUUUUUAAACAUGUAUGAUUUUGUAAAGAUGAUCAAAAUAUUGUGCAGAUGAACAAAUGUAUUAUUUAAAAAACUCCAGCUCUAAUGGCAAAUACAAUAAAACAGAAAUUCAACAGA